UGAUGUAGACAACCAAUCAGUACUCUUAUUGAAAAAUAUGGCAGCGGCAGCCUAACCUAACCAUCAUAAGAAUGGCCGCUUAUAAACGUUUUAUUUUUUGAAAGUUUCUGACUUAUCGUCUUUUGUAAUUCAACAAAUAUUCUUACAAUUUACUCAAUAACGUUUAUUUAUUCAAUUUCCCCGGAUUUCUUUGUGGAAAGUUUGAUGGAAAGAUUUAUUACUGAUUGUAUCAUCUCGGAGUACGGUCAAUAUACAGAGAAGAGAAAAGUUUGAUGAAAAUUCAACUACGAGUGUAGAUUUGUGGAUCCGUUAAUAAACAAUCAUAAAUUUAGGACACGAAUUGUUGAAAAAUGAAUACGGAAACAUCGAAUGAGCAUUUAGAGACUUUGGCUGGUCAUGUUUUUGAUAAUGACAAACUGGUCACCUACAAAUGGCUAAGCAAAGAGCUGCAUAUCCAUGUUAAUAUAGCAAAACAAAUCUUGUGGGAUUUUUAUCAAAAGUAUCAAAACAACAAUAACAUAGAAUGCACAUAUUUAUUGAUAGGUCAUCUAAAGGAGAAAGGAAUGCGUGUAGAAGUUGUUAAAGGAUCCAAUUUAUCUGAGGCUAAAGAAAAAUUCAGUAAAAUUAUCUCGGAACAUGUCUAUAGUGUUCACAAGCCAAUUGCAGAUUUGGAAUUACUUGCCACUUCUGGUUCAGGUGAUACAACUUACAGUGCUAUAAAAUGUGAUGCCUGCAAAGAGCGAACUGAUGAAGAAAUGCAACUAUUACGUUGGGGUACAACUGCUAAAAAAGUUAUGGAAAAUGUGACAAAUUUAAAGUCUACAGAUUUGACAAAUUCGUCAAAGGCUGAAAAGAAUCCAAAGGCAACAAAGAAAAAUGGAUUUAAUAAUUUAUUUAACAUGGUGGAAAAAUCAAAGAGUUCUGAAAAGUUAAAAUCAUCUUUCCAAGAAAGUAAUAAAGAUUCAAUGAAAAAGGAAAAAAGUACUGUAGAAAAGGAUAAAAAUUUUGUUCAGGAAGAUAAAGAUUUUUCCAAAGAUUCUGUAGAAAAAAUUCAAAAUUUAACUAAGAAAAAUAAAAAUUCCAAUUCUACCACUAAAAAAAUAUCCCCACAAAAUAAUUCUAAAAAGGGAAGCUUAGAUAAUUUUUUUGGGAAGCUGUCCUCUCCUCCAAAAUCUGCUACAGAAGCAAUAUCAUCAGAAAAGAAAAAUGAUAAUGCCAAAAAAGAAUUUACUGAAGGAAAAAUAAUUAAAGAAAAGAAGAAGUCGCAUGGAAAAAAGCGGAAUAGAAGUAAAGAAACAAAUGAAGUUGCUAAGAAACGGAAGAGAAUUGUUAUGCAGACUGAUUCUAGUGAUUCAGAGAUACAAAGUGAUAUAGAGAUGGAAGAGUCGGUUCCUGAAAUAGAACCAGAAAUUUCUAUGAAAGCAAAGAGUCCUUCUCCACCAAAAGUAAAACACGAAAAUGGUAAAAGAAAAAUGUUGAAAUUAAUUAAUAGAACUUAUAAAGAAGGUGAAUAUAUUGUAACAAAGAAAGAACAUGUUUAUGUAAGUUGUUCUGAAGAUGAGGAAGAAAAGGAAGAGAUAAAGAGAAAAGAGCAGAAAAAAACAGAAGCUAAAAUGGAAAAAGUGAAAAAAAAGCAGUCCACGCUUACAAAUUUCUUUAAGAAAUGCUAG